AUGGAGGGAUCGAUCCCAGAGCAGGAGGAGGAGAAAGCAGCGGCGGCGGCGGCGGCCCCUCCCCCCCUUCUCUCUGCCUCUUCCCCCUCCCUGGGGGAUAAGGAUGGUUGCGAGCGCUUGGUCUGCGGAGAGGACAAGACUCUCCUCGGAACCGAAGACGCGAUGCCUCAGGCGUUUCUGGAGCGGCUCCGUCUCAUGUCCGCCAUGUAGGACCUGGGGAAGAGGGAAGGGGGGGCGCAGAGAAAAGAAACAGCUUUCCAAACCGGAGCCAGGCGGCCUCCUGACCCCGCGAACGGGCUCAGUAGCCAGGAGAGGCUGUGGGUGGGGUCCACCCGGGGUCCCGAGUCACUAGCCGAAGCCGGGAGUGCGUACUCCCCUACUGGCUGCGAGGCUGGUGUAGGGGGUGUAUCACGGAGGUUUCGGGUUCCCUCAGGUCUGGCCGGCCAGGGGCCCUGAGCGGCUGUCGGUCUCUGUCGUUGCUUUUCCACCUCCCAGGCUCUACCCGCCCAGCUCGGUCCCUCUCGUUCGCUCCCUCCCCUCAGUCGCUCACACACAAACAAAAUGGCGGCUGUUGUUUCUUCACUCUCCCGAUUCCUCAGAGGGAAGCGAGCGGCGGCGGCCGGAAAUGAGCCAAGAGAAAAAAGGGGCGUGGUCAGAAAAAGGAGAGGCGGGGACGCACGCAGCUCGCACACACAAUGGAACGCGGAGGGCCGAGGAGGGGGAGAACCCGAGGCGGGGUCAGCUGCGGUCACGAGACUUGCUCAGCCACUCGCCUUGCGCUCCCGGAGCGAUCCCUUCCGCAAACUCUCUCGCCUCCGCCUCUUAAAGGGGAAGGAGAAGCUGCUCGCCCGCUUCCCUCCGCCUUUACUUGUGUUUUCUGUCGGCCAAAAUAGACCGCGAGGUUGCUGCUUGGGACAGGCCUAUUGUAAUGGGGGAAGGGGGGGGCGCUGAGCUUGUGUACUCUGGACCUGGCAUUGCCCACAGUACGCAUCGGAAGCCCUCCGUAGGAAGACAGGCCCUGAUCCUCACUUCCCUCCUUUGCUGCUGCAAAGACAGCGGCCCAGAGUCACAGCCGAGGGGUGUUUGGUGGGGGGCGGCGGAAGAGAGCAGGGUUUGGCCGGCCUUCUAGCUUCUCAUGUACGGUGCAGGCACACACACACCGAUGUGAUGAGGACGACGACGACUCAGGGUGUACGUGCACAUAUAGACAUAGGACAUGAACCGUAACCUGUGAUAGUAUGAGAACAAAAUCAUCACACAGCCUCAAGGUGGAGGCGCAGAGGUCUUUUUAUCAAGCGAUCUUGCACAAUUGCGUUUUCCUGCCAACAUCCAUGUCUGUUCCUCGUAAAGAAGGAAAAUUCACUGCGGGGGGAGGGCUUUAUUACGCGAAAAGACGUGGGGUAGCAUUGUGCGGGGACUGAUACGCAUUCCCUGUAAUGCCGCGAGUCUGGUUUAUAACGCUACGCCUAUGUUUUUAUCGUGAUUUGCCACCGCGCUCUUUCGUACAAGAAUCCAUAAUUCUCUCUUAAGGCAGGGAUGGGGUGGGGGGGGAUCACAGUAAAGUAAUGUAUAGACUAGGAGAGCCUUCCGUCGUUCGGUAUGUUGUGUGUAUACACAUGAGCCUUUCUCUGCAGACUCCUGGGAGAAACAGCAGCACCUUCCUCACAUAUUCAUUCCUUUGUAAAACGUAGAGAAGCGAGAGGGUUCCGUGUUCUUUCCUUUCCCUCUUCGUAGGAGAGGUGAACAAUCAGUUCACAAGACCACUGGGCACAUGGCUUGCUUCUUAUAGCUUGGUUUGUUAUAAGUGCCUGUAGGAAACGCCUCACCUGAGCAGCGCACAUACUGUAAUACGGAAUGCCUGCUACGUUCACUUUUCCAAGGGUUUUCUGGUCUGUGCUUGGCGACAGACAGUUCUGUUAGUCCGUUCAUCACAAUAAUUGUUUUAUUAAGGUUAAAAGGACAGAGCAAAUCAGAGCAUUCCACCACUUGUGUGAAUUGGUCUUUAUAUGACACUUGUAGUGGACUGGACUACUGAAAGUGACCCAUAAGAUUACUUAGGAUAUGGUGACAUAGAAGGGGUGUAAAAUCCAGGCAACUGUGGCCCGGACCUAGUUGCUGAAAAGGACAGGAAGGUACGUCUCUCCUCGGGUAUGUGCUACUAUACAGAACACCGAAGGACAGCAGGAUUGUGGAACACCACUGCUGUCUCUUGCUCCUUUGGUCUGUGCUUCUUUCCCCAUCCCAGUUAUUUCUCUCAAGCCUAUUUUCAGUGAAGCUUAACUUACGUUGCUCUCAAACUUUGAUGGAGAUGUGUGAGCAGCACAAGCAGGAGCCAGGAAAUCAUCUUCAGUAGGAGGGGAGAUACAGAAACAAACCCAAGGAAGAAUACUGACACAUCACUCCCUUUCAGUCUAGUCCUAGCACAGCUUGCAGUUCCUAAAUUUUCUGUUUCGUUUCAUGUAUCUGCUGCUUUUCCACAGUGGACUGUGCCCAAAGCAGCUCACAAUAAGCACAAGAUAACAGAAAAGACCAUUAAAACAAUUCAUUACAAAACAUAACAAAUUUAAAUAAGGGGAAAAUGAACCAUUCUUCCUCAAAUUAUUUUGCAUGCAAAAAAUAAUGUCCAUCUUCAUAGGCAGUUCCUGAAAUGUGUUUGUGGGUGUACCAAAUAGAAAGAUUUGAGAAAACAUAUCUCCUGCCAAAGUCCUACGCUCUUCUGAAGAAUGUCGGGAUAUCAGAGAGUAUGUAAAAAGUAUUUGCGCCCUUGGUAAUCCACUGUCUGUGAAGCAUUCAACUGAUCUCAUCAUUAGGAAAAAAAUAAUACCUGGUCUGCUUCACCCAAACUGCACAAAGCUUUAGCACACUAGACAGGAAAACAGUGGUACGUUAUGACACAGUAAAAGAAUACUACCAUACCUGGGCUUGGGGUGGGGAUGGGGAACUAGUGCCCUCCAGAUGUUGUCACUAUCAUGGCCAAUAUCCAAGGAUAAUGGAAGCUGUACCAGCAAUGUCUGGAGGGCCUCAGGAUUUCUGUUUGAAUCCAAGGCUGUGGCAAUGGGGGAAGCAAGGUCCUCUUGGGGUUUCGAUGCUGUGAACCCCUCCAUCUCAUGCUCAGGUUGUAUAAAUAUAUGAUAAAGACACCAUAGUCUCUGCUUUGCCUUGCUACCAAAAUGAAACACGAACCCUGGGUAAGCGCCUGGAACCCCUGGAAUCUCGUAGUGCUCAGAGAUUGGGGUGGCGUGCGACAAUAUUUUAACUUUUGAAUGUUUUUUGAGUGUGGUGGUAAUUUUUUCUUGGUUUUCAUGUUCGAGGUUUUUUUUUUACUUACAAUCAAGCAGUGUAUACAUCUUAUGAAAUAAAUAAAAAUAAUAAAUGAUGUGUAGUGAAUAGGCUGGAACAUCACACCUCAAGUAAAAUUUAUGAACUAAUCACUGUUAAACUUCAAGGGGGGCGGAAUCUGUCUUACCAGGUCUAGUGCUAUUCAAUAUUUUAAUUCAUUACAUAAAAGAAGGGAAAUGCAUCUAAUUUAUACAUGCAACAGAACAAAAUAUGUGAAUUUAUUGAAUAACCCUACACUGAAUCAGUCUAAAUGUGUGUUUUUUCCUCAGCCUCCCUUGCAGUCCCCCCCCCCCCCCGGCCUGGGAUAAACUCCAGAAGGUAAAAUGGCAAUGGAAUGGUAGAUACUAGGAAGAAGGGUUUGGGGAAUCUGUGUAUGUUAUCAUGAGCAGCUUCUAUCACCAAAGUAUUGCACUCUCCCAAAAUGUUUAGAGGUACCAAGGCUCCAUCUCUCUCUGCAGCAGUGCCUCUGUGCCACCCAUGUUUGCUUAGUUAUGUCCCACCUCACUUAUGCCUAUCUACCUGUCCUCCCAGUUCUAAUUUAUAUACCCAGAUACAGCAUCUUGCUCCCAAUCUAGGUGGAUUAUGGUUGAUAAUCUAGCUUUUCGGCCUGUCAGUUGGUUGGGACUAAUUCUGUUUUUGCUGCAACCUGCUACAUUUAAGCUUUGCUGUGCUGACUUCCAGCUUGUUUGACCUCAACCCUGCCAAUGGUCACAACUUGAAGGAAAUAGUGAAAUCUACAUCUAAAAAGAGGCAAAAGUUUGUUGGGAAGGUUCAAAUGUAGAGCAGAGAAUCCUGCUGGUCCACAGUUUGGCCUUGAGGUCUCCUUCAGUCCAUUAUUCUUCAUUGAUCUAUUCCAAUACUUCUAAAGCAUCAUCUUAACAGUAUCUAUCAAUCUGCUUCCAGUGAAAUCUCUAGAAUCUCUUGAAAUUUAUUUUUUUUUAUAAAAAGACUGGUGUAUUAUUGUGUUCAUUUAGAGAUUAUAGCUAUGUGGUACUACUCUCCAGUGGUUCAUUCCUAUCUGGAAAAUUGGUCGCAGAAGGUGGUGCUGGGAGAUUGCUUGCCUAUCCCAUGUCUUCUGGCAUGUUAGGUACUGUACUUCAGGGUUCCCUCUUGUUUCCCUUGUUUUUUAACAUCUAUAUCAGUGGUUCCCAAACGUUUCUCACUAUGGACCACUUGAAAAUUACUGAGGGUCUUGGUAGACCACUUAAUGGCUCUCCUGCUUGUUGUAGCAAUUGUAAUUAACAGAUGCUGUUUUAUUUUAUUUUUUAUGUAUUUUUACUGCUUCUUUUAAUUCUUAUAUUGUAUGUUAUUGUAUUAUAAUUUGUAAUAAAAUAAAAUCCAAUAUAAUAAAUAAAAGAAGUGCUAAAAAUACAAGAAAUAAAAAUACAGUUAAAUUCAAUGUGGAUAUUUAAUGCUGUGGACAUGCCUGUCCUGCUAAACUUCUUCAUCCAAGCACCCCAUUAACUUUGCUCUUAAUCUUCUCUGUUCCUUUCAAGGCCACAUUUUAGCAAUUCCUGCGUAAGUGGAUAUCUAGCUAAAGGGAGAUUUAUCCUCUUCACAUUUUUUGUUAUGUCUAUUAGACUGCAAGCCUGUGAACCUGCACGUCAGACCAACUGGGCAGCUGUGUAACAGACGUGUAAUCUUUCAAGGGAAAACCAUUCCCAUAUCUACCUUCUGAUAAAUUCUACAGGAAAAGGACAUAGGAUAAGCUGUUUCGCAGGAACCCAGUUGCAUAUUUGACUCCUGCUGCUAAUGGAAAGCUGUGCCUCCACCAUCCACUGACACCACUCCAAAGAGACAAGAAACAUCCUUGCAAUGUUUGGGUGCUCAGAAGCUAGGAACAGUGUGUCGCUACCACAAUUCAAUACAGCCCUGAAAUCAAACUUCAUUAAGACUCCAUGACAACCACCACUUGGUUAGUAAUCCAGCCAGGCAGCAACCAAUGUCUGACUGAGCAACAGGACAGUCUCAAAUUCAGAUACAUUUGCAAAAUUUACUAAGAUAGGAUUUAUACUGAUCUUUCUGCCUCUAUGUAUAAAACUAAGAAAAAUGUUUAAAGGAGCCUACCCUGCUCCACUUUUUUAAAAGUUUCCCUCACCAACCAAAACACAGUAGUAUUCUCCACCCUCGUGUGUUCAGGGCGCAGGUGCAGAAACAAAACCAAUAAAAAAAAGCCAUAGAGUCCCUCAUGUGUUUUGAAAAGACAACACCUUUAUUGGUUAGUGGGCAUCAACGAUAGUAUGGCACGGGGCAAAGAUCCUAUCAUUCAGUGCGCUAAUUCCUGGACAAGGCUCCAUGCUCAAACCAUCUGCUGUGAGUCAGUCUCCUUAACGGCCCACAUCAGUGUGGACUGGUCUGCUUACAGCAACCUGGGAGCACAGCGACCCAACAGCCCCCUCAGCUGCUGGGACCAUGGACAGAAUGCAGCACCCUGAGAUUUCCCAAGAGAUACUGCCAUUGGCUUCCACAUAGUAGGCCUGCCCACACACCAAUGCAGCCAAGUGUCACUCCUGCACCCACAAAAGGGGAGAGAUCAUUUACUCCUGCCUGCACAGGGGCACAAAUUGCAGCCCCUUGGUAAGUCAGAAAGUACCGGUACAUCACGGGAUAACACCAAACCAGUGCUGCAACACUGACAUGGCUCCAUCUCCCCUUCCCCCAGUCAGAUUGUCCCACACAAAUGCUGGACUUAGACAUUGCUAGGGGAGUAGAGAAAAAAGUCACAGAGGAGGGACAGCUGCCCCUCUGACACAAAAUAUAAAACAGCAAUUGGAUUUCUCUAGUCAAGAAACAAGUUGAAAAACUAAAGUAGAGUCAGUUUGAACAUGUAUGACCCUAUGGCAUGUCAGACUCAAGUAAUGACUGGAAAUAUGUAGUUAAUUGUUAAUUAUUCAUUUUAUUAUAAUUACUUGCAGUAUAUUUUAUGGGUUAACGACUGCAUUGUGGGAGAGAAACAUUUGGUAGAACAAUAUCCUGCUGCAGAUAUUUUGAAUUAGAUUAUACAUCAUAAUCUAGUCCUGUGUUGAAUUAUGCUUUUAAAAUGUUAUGUUCCUUCUUAAAUAUGUGUUUUAUGUAUGUAUCUUUGUAUGUUACCCAUGAAAACUGACACUUUAAUGGGGGUAUAAACUGAGAUCUGUAUUAUUUUUUAAGUUAUGCUACUUACAGACUUCAUUGUUCUUUUUCCUCUCCCCCCCCCAUAUCUUUAUUGCGGUCCAUAGACCCACAAAACAGUUUCAAAACAAGAUACAGUUAAGACAACCAAACAACAGGCGAAAGAGACCGAGGUAGUCGUUUUGUUAUGUCUAGAGCAUGAUGGUCUUUUUUUCUUACGACCUCUGAAAGAAACUUUGCCACGGUCAGUGUAAUAUCAUUUAACCUAUCCUCCAGAAGGUAUUUAAUAUGGGAGGCUUCGCAUUUUCCCGAUAUUGUUCUAAGGAAUUUGUACCUUAACCUUAAAAAAAAAGUGAGAUCAGCAUUUGUGCUAAAAUUCCUCAAUACAGAGGGUAAUUUAUCUGACUUACUAAUUUUAGUUACUAAUUUUAUAAGUUUAAAUAAAACCUACCAUUUGUGUGUGUGUGUACACUUAUACGUACAAGCAAGAACAUAUAAAAUUGAAGUUAAGAGAAAGCCAGGCCUAUUGUUAAAGACUAGAGGAGUGCUACUCAAGCUCCCCCUCCUCACACAUAGCAUAAUUAUCACAAUUUUCCUUUGUAUAUAAUAUAAACACUCAAAUACAUAACUUAGUGCAGACAGGAAUCACCCCAUGGACAAAAUAUAUGCUGCGGACCAAACUCUCAAGGAACCCGUUCACCUCACCUUGCCCUUUUUUUACUGUAUUUAAAUCCUCUCCUACCAUAGUAGGAUGUGGUCUUCAUAGUACCACAUCAGCAGUCAUGCCAGUGAAUUAAUUUCUUUAUACUUUUAUUUAGACUAUUUAUAUACCACUUAACAGAUAAAAGCAACAAGUAUUACAAAAAUACAUAGCAACAGUGCUUUUUUCUGGGGGUACUCAAAAGGCACAUUUUUAAAAAAAUGUUAAAAGUAUGGCACUUACUGUAACAGCUUCAUGGUGAGUACCGGCACCAUUUUUUCAUUAUUAUUUUUUAAACAUUGCAUAAUAACAUAUACAACUGUAGAAUUAAUAAUUACUAACCUUUCUAACCUAUCUUCACUCUCAGCCUCCUGGCUCUUACCCAGGACACAAACAAACUCACAACUCAGUCACAAAAUAUCAAAAAGAAGGAUUCUGAAAACUGCUGACAUCACACUAAUCUUUUACUCUAGACGUACUUUUUUAUGGGCAGGCACCAAGGUGCAUGGAGCUUCCUCAGCCUAUGUCCCAUUCAACAGUUAGCUGCCCUCUCCACAGCUAGUCCCAGGUUACGGCAGCUUUGAUGAGUUUCUCAGUGAGUUCCAAAGAUGGAGAAAAUAACAUUCCUCCACACACAGUUCUUUCUGUCGUUUUUUGCCCAUUUCUCCAGCUGCUUUCUUAUGAUUCUACGAAGGGGCUUUCAUUUGUGGGCAGGCACCAGGAUGGAUGGAGCACCCUCAUGCUGCCCACAACUAUGUCCCAUUCAGUAGUGGAGCUCCAACCUCCACAUCCACUUUGUAUGCAGCAUAUGACCAUAGAACAGUUUAAGGAGCAAAAACACAUGGAUAUGUUGAUUACAGAGUUGUGCCCAAAUGCCCUCUCAAAAUUAUCCACCUGAUUUGUAGGCAGAAAAAAUAGGGUAUACCAUUUCACCAGAUUUAUCUAGAUGGAGAAGAAAUUAUCCAAUAGUUUCUCAAUGAAUGAGCCUCGCCAAUAGCAGUGGCAGCAGCACAGCUUGUUUGUUUUCCCCUUGUGUGCCUGUGAGAGUUUUGCUGCUGUAUGAUCGUUAUGGAGUGCUGCUUGGAGCCAGGAUGGGGGACACCACAAAAAAGAAAGAAAGAAAGAAAGAAAGAAAGAAAGAAAGAAAGAAAGAAAGAAAGAAAUGUGGAGAGUAUUUGGAUAAAAUUCUGCAAAGUGGCCUUCUUCUUCUGGGAGAGGGAUGAGAAACAGCAAGUCUCAUAAAUAUUCACAAGAAUGUUUUCAUAUGCAUAUAAAGAGGUCCAAAAUGCACAUGUCUUAAGCAUAGGCUUGUACUCUCAUCACCCCUGAUCAUUGGCCAUGCGACAUCUGGUGGGCCAAAGGUUUCCCACACCUGUAUUAUACCUUACUCCUGUUGGAUAUUCAGGUGGAAUUGACAUUGUCCAUAUGUUCUGAGGUCCUGGGAGUUAUUAACAUAUUUUCCUCAAGACUUGCAGGAGAACAAUGCAAUGGUAUUGCAUGGCAGACAUUGAUCCAAAGUGGAGAAGCAUCUGCAAGUAGUGCUGUCAUUUUGAUUUACCAAUUGCCUGUAGUUUGUAUUGCUCCUUAUCUCAUUAUCCAUAUCUUCAUGGCUGCUCAGUAUCUGCACAGAUAGAAGUCAAUAAUUAACCUAGGCUCAGAGCCCAAUUAAUUCCUAUGCAGACAGUAUCAAAUAACAGGAUUAAAAAUCAUUUUCCCUUAGCACUUUAUUUUUAUCGCCUGGUCCUUACUAAUUCUCAUGUAGCUUUUGCUGCGAAACCUUUUAAAAACUGCUGCUAUUUUGCCCCAGUUUUGUUCCCUCUGCAUGCCUAUAUUUAAAGCAAUUUUGUUCUUCCCUCACAGAUUUUGGGGAGGUAAGCACGUUC